AUGGAGGAAGAGAGACGAGCUCUUCUCAGCUUUAAACAAGAUCUCACUGAUCCGUCUGCCAAGCUUUCUUCUUGGGUUGGUCAUCAAUGCUGUCGAUGGAGAGGGAUUUCAUGCAACAACCGCACUGGUCAUGUUGCAAUGAUUGACCUCCGGCAUACAUAUGGUGAUCAAUGGAGCUCUUCAAAGUAUGAAGAACCCCUGUGGGGUAAGUCAAUUAAUCCUUCUUUGCUUGGCUUGAAACAUCUGAGUUACUUGGAUUUAAGCAACAAUGACUUCAACAAAAUUCACUUUCCAAAAUUCAUUGGGCAGCUUACGAGUUUAAGCUAUCUCAAUCUCUCAGAUUCCCACUUUUCAGGAGAGAUUCCUUCUUCUCUUGGUAACCUCUCAAACUUGAACUAUCUUGACCUCAGUUCUAAUUAUGGUGGAGUCAAUUCGAAUAACUUGAAUUGGCUUUCUAAUCUCUCUUCCCUCAAAUACCUCAGUCUUAUAGGUGUGAACCUCAGCAGCACAGGAGUAAGUUGGCUGCAUGCUGUUAACAAGCUUCCUUCACUCUUAGAGUUGCAUUUGUCAUCUUGUUCUAUUCAAAACAAUCCACACUCCCUGCAAUCCAUUAACUUGACAUCACUUGCGGUCCUUGAUAUGUCAUUUAAUCAUCUUAUCAGUUCUUCAUUUCCUAAAUGGAUUUUUAAUCUUUCUAGCCUUACAAAACUUGAUCUAAGUCAUAAUUCUUUCAGUGACCCCUCUGUUGAUGAAUUUGCAACCCUCAAAUCUCUAGAACACCUUGAUUUAUCUCGCACGGGACUCAAAGGUCAAGUUCCCAAAUUCAUUGGAAAUUUGUGCAAGCUGAAGUCAUUAGAUCUUUAUGGCAACGAAUUUGAUGGGGGGAUUCAAGAGUUUUUGAGUGGUUUUUCAAAUUGUUCAUUUAAUAGAAUGGAGUCACUAGAUUUGUCUUCUUGUGGGCUGGUAGGCAAAUUGCCUAGUUCGUUGGGAAUCCUGAAAGGCCUGCAGCAUCUCACCCUCUAUGGUAAUCUUCUCCACGGUUCCAUUCCUGAAAGUUUGGGACAACUCUCUCAGCUAGUUAGCCUUGAUCUCAGUUCUAAUAUUUUCAACGGUUCCAUUCCUCAAAGUUUGGGACAACUCUCUCAGCUAGUUAACCUUGAUCUCAGUUCUAAUCUUUUCAACGGUUCCAUUCCUCAAAGUUUGGGACAACUCACUCAGCUGGCUGACCUUGAUCUGUCUGGUAAUUCAUGGGAAGGCUGUUUAACGGAAGCCCAUUUCAUAAAUCUCACAAGAUUAGGGUCCCUACGCUUGAGCACAACCCGAGAUGUGCCCAUCAUUUUCAAUUUGACUGAUUAUGAAUGGGUUCCUCCUUUCAAGCUCGUUUUUAUUCAUAUGGACAAUUGCCGAGUAGGUGCUGGCUUCCCUCUAUGGCUUCAAUCUCAAACUGAGCUCCUGGAGGUCUCACUUAAGAAUGCUGGAAUCUCGGGUCCAAUACCAGAGGAAUGGCUCUUUAAUAUAUCUUCGCAAAUCGAAUUUUUGGAUUUAUCUCACAAUCAAAUAAGCGGAAAGCUUCCGUUCCGAUUCAACUCUUUUCCGGAGCUGCUGUCCAUAGUUCUGAGCCAUAAUCAAUUUGAUGGCACUAUUCCAUCAUCUAUUUGUAGCAUUCAAUCUCUAGGUGAACUUGCUCUGAAUAACAAUCAGUUAUCCGGAGAAUUCCCUAAAGAAUGGAGUUUGUGGAGCAACAUAGAAGUUGUGGAUGUCUCAAACAACAAUAUGUCCGGUAAUAUUCCAAGCUCAAUGGGCAUUCCAAGUUCUCUUCAUAUACUGAAGACAGACAACAAUCAUUUUAGCGGAGAAAUUCCUUCUGCCUUGCAAAAUUGCUCUGGUUUGGAGAGACUUUAUCUUGGAGGCAACAAAUUUACUGGAAGCAUACCUUCUUGGAUAGGAUCAAAAGUGGACACAUUCACAGUGCUGCAAUUGCAAUCGAACUCUUUAAGUGGACAUAUUCCUCAUCAUUUGUGCAGUCUUCCUCUGCUUCAGAACCUAGACCUUAGUCACAACAGAUUUUCAGGGACUAUUCCCAAGUGUUUGAAUAAUUUGAUUUCUCUAGUCGACUAUGGUCCUUUCGCCUGGACGGGCUUUUUAGAUUUAGAAGUAACAACUGUGACAGUAAAAGGAAGAGCAAGUGAAUACUUAGAUAAAAAUGCGCAGCUUCUAUUCAUUAUUGAUUUUUCAAGUAAUGAUUUAGAAGGUGAAAUUCCUGAAGAAAUCUGCAGCCUCGUUCAAUUAGGUGCAUUAAACUUGUCCAUGAAUCAAUUAAGUGGACAUAUCCCCUCAAAAAUUGGAAACUUGAAGUUGCUCGAAGCACUUGACCUCUCCCAGAACCAGCUUUCAGGACAGAUCCCACAAAGUCUCGCUUCUCUGACCUUCUUGUCUCACUUGAACCUGUCUUGCAACAACUUGACCGGAAGAAUUCCUUCGGGCAACCAACUUCAGACGCUCGAUGAUCCAUCUAUUUAUGAGGGCAAUCCUUCGCUCUGUGGAUUUCCUCUUUCAAAAUGCCCAGAAGACGGAGACAAUAAGAUGCAUGAGCCUCGUGCAGAAGACAAUAAAGAUCAUGAAGAUGAUGACAAAAAGCUUGGCUUCUAUACCAGCGCGGUGCUCGGCUUUAUCAUAGGGUUUUGGGGUGUUUGCGGCACAUUGAUAUUGAAGAAGUCAUGGAGAUAUGCCUAUUUUCAAUUCUUUGACUGCAUCAAAGAGAAAGUUGCACUAGCAAUUGCAUUGAAACUAGCUCGUCUACAAGGAAGAUGGUGA